AUGGGAUUCUUCCAUGGGAAGACCUCCAAGCAGACCUCGAGGGUUAAGAAGCUUCUCGAGCUCGCCUUGUCGCGCCUCGCCAUUGCACGCCGUCCCCGCCUUGCUCGCAAGUCGAUCUGCCGUAGCGACGUCGGCCAGCUCCUCUCCCUCGGCUACCUCCACCGUGCUCUCAUUCGCGCAGAGCAGGUCAUAGAGGAGGAUAACAUGCUGCAGUCGUUCGACAUCAUUGAGCUCUACUGCAAGCGACUCGUUGAGCAUGCCACGCAAUUAGACAAACCGCAGGAGUGCAGCGAGGAGAUAAGGGAGGCCGCCGCUGGGAUCAUGUUUGCAGCCAGGUGGUGCGGCGAUCUGCCGGAGCUGCAGCUCGCACGCACCAUCCUAGAAGACAAGUUCGGCAGCGACUUGACUGCGGUCGCAAAGGAGGGAACCGGCAUUGUCGAUCCCAUGUUGGUGUGGAAGUUAUCCGGCGACAAAACAAACAUGGAGCUGAAGAAGAAAGUGGUCAAGUUAAUCGCCACCGAAAACAAUAUCAUGGUGGAGUUACUGGAGUUCUCCGAGCUCCAGGAAGCAAUCGAGCACAACAACAUUGGCAGUCCUUGCUAG